AUGAGUCUGGCGGAUUCGCCCUAUGGUGACCGCACCAUGGAGGCGAUCCACCCGGUUCUCGACCAGUACAGGUUUGGGCACGGCUGCUUCGGGCACUACCUGCACAAAGUCGCCAAGAGGGAGGCCUCAACGUCCUGCCAUGAGUGCGGCGAUGCGGACAAUACGGCGCAACACACCUUAGAGGUGUGCAAUCUCUGGAGUGCGCAACGCCGCACUCUGGUAGCGACUAUAGGGGGAGAUCUCUCGCUGCUUAGCGUGGUAUCUGCUAUGCAAAGCGGUGAAGAAUCGUGGGAGGCAGUGGCCUUCUUUUGCGAGGAGGUCAUCUUGCAAAAGGAGGCCGCGGAACGGGUGCGCGAAGACGCAGUCGACGCGAACCCGCUUCGGCGCAGGCGGUGGGGAAGAAGGCGAGUGCAGUUCGCUGCUCGCCUAAUUCCCUAG